AUUAAACGGCAUCUGGAGAAUUUGAAUUGGAAGUGUCCCAACUUUAUCAGGGAUAUCACUCAUCCCGAACCUUCUGCCAAUCAGUGUGUGUGCGAGUUCUACUGGUCCGGAGCUAAAUCGAUCGCCGCAUCUUGAGUAACACACCCAUUCACGGAAUCCUCUGCUUCGCUCAAAAGGAAGUUAAAACUGGUUGUAUAAUGGCCAAAGAUUCAGGUAUAAUUGAGGCCUCCCAAUUGGAAAGUAUUUCCACUCCGGAAAGACGUACAGAGUCACACUCUAACUUAACCUCUAAGGUGAAAGUUAUAGUAAGAGUUCGCCCCUUCCUUUUUGAAGAAAUCUCGGCCAGAAACGGGAGUCCCCCAGUCUCUUGUGUGUCCAUCCUUCACUCUGGUUUUGAAACAUCAGAUGAAGUCACUGUUUAUCUCAAAGACAAUGAAACUAGCCGAAACGAAUACUACAAGCUGGAUGGUUUUUUUGGACAGGAAGUCGACAAUGUCAGUCAAAUUUUUCACAAAGAGGUUAGCCCUUUGAUCCCCGGGAUUUUUCGUGGCUACAAUGCAACCGUAUUUGCAUAUGGGGCAUCUGGGAGUGGGAAAACCUACACUAUGCAGGGAAGUGCUGAGACACCUGGUCUAAUCCCACUUUCGAUGUCAUCAAUUCUUUCCAUUUGUCAAAGCACUGGUACUACUGUGUACAUCUCUUACUAUGAGAUUUACAUGGACAAAUGCUAUGAUUUGCUAGAGAUGAAAAAUAAGGAAAUUGCUGUGUUGGAUGAUAAAGAUGGGAAUGUUCAUCUUAAGGGACUUGCAGAAGUUGAAGUUAACUCAAUGGCGGGUUUUAAUGAUAUUUUCCUUGCUGCAAUCCAGAGAAGAAAAGGUGCCCAUACUAGUGUUAAUGAUCUCUCUAGCCGAAGCCACGCCGUGCUUGUCAUUUAUGUGCACACACCUUGUCAUGAAAAAUCAGGAAAUGUUAUCGCCGGGAAGAUUAAUCUCAUUGAUUUAGCAGGAAACGAAGACAACAGGAGAAGUUGCAAUGAGGGAUUUCGCCUCCACGAAAGCGCCAAGAUAAACAAGUCUCUUUUUGCAUUGUUUAAUGUCAUUUAUGCAUUGAAUAACAACCAAAUGCGAGUACCUUUUAGAGAUAGCAAAUUGACACGUGUACUGCAGGAUUCUCUUGGAGGAACAAGUCCUGUUUUGGUUGUUACUUGUUUGAACCCAGGAGAGUAUGAGGAGUCUAUUCAUACAGUCAAUUUAGCAGCAAGGUCGAGGCACAUCUCUAAUUCUCUAACUUCAUCUAGAAACAUAACUCCAAAAGUUAAAGUUGAUAUGGAAGCUAAGCUCCAUGCUUGGCUUGAAUCCAAAGGCAAGACAAAAAGUGCACACAAGUCAAAGGUGUUUGAAUCUCCGUUGACUAGUAAAACUCCAAAUUCACUAAGCUCACUAAAAUGGGCUGAUGCAUAUCCAAGUUCAUCUAAACCACAGCUGUUUAGCAACCAUGGUGCUUCACGUUUAAAGCAGGGGGCUCAUGAAUUUGCUUGUAGAAGCUUAUUUUGUAAUGGAAAUCGUUUUAUCUCAGCUAUUGAGGCAUCAAACCUUGUUGACGGCAGAGGGAAUACAGAAAAGAAGCUUGAAGAUUCAGAAGAAAGAGACCAAGAGUAUGAUCAGGUGGUGAGGGGUAUGGAUAAUGCACGUGCUGAAACAGUGAACCCUUUAGGAUCAUCACCCUCUUUUAAGAAAAUCAUUGCAUUACAAAGUCCACCCAGGAAACCCCUUUUUCCGACUAACACCAACAUUAACACUGAGAGUGCUUCAGCCAAUAAGAGAUGUGUGUUCCUCUCAGAUUCUGAGAAAAAUGUUGAUAAUACAUGUCAAGAAGUGCUUGGAACACCGCUCGAGAAAUUUAAUGCGCAGAGUUUAAACCUUAAGAGCUCUCUUGCUGAGGAAUAUAUUGAGUUUUUGAACAAAGCUAACAGGGAAGAAUUGAUGGAGAUAAGGGGUAUAGGAGAGAAGUUCGCUGACUAUAUAAUUCAGCUAAGGCAAGACAGUCCUUUGAAAUCUCUUAAUGAUUUGGAGAAGUUGGGACUUUCAUCAAAACAGGUGCAAAACCUGUUUAGUAAGGCUGCAAAGGUCUUAUUCAAAUAAACCUGACCCAACAUGUUGUUGUAUCAUUGGGUUAACUCUCUUGUGUACUUGGGGGUUGUCUGUUGAGUGACAUAUAUGUUAAUCAUACACUUUAAUUGAUGGUGAAAGUCAAGUGAAGAAACACAGUAAUCUGACCAACAUGUUGUUGGCCUCUGUGUGUGCUUUGAAAAAAUUGGACCUGUGAUAUUGAUGUUUUCCCCCUUUCCCUUUUUGUUGUUUCUCAUAUUAGUCAAACUUGACAAUGUUUUAAUGAGGAGUAUCUUCAUGAUUUCAUCCAAAAGUUUACCAGGGCUACUUCACUUUUUCCUAAGCUCCAUAACGACUUACACUCUUCGUGAAAG